UUGCCGGUAGAAUUGCAAGAAUUGUUUGAUAAACAAUUCUUGCAUUACCCUGAAGCUCCAGUAGGUGGCAGCAGUGCCGUGAUUAAAGGCGCUGUUUAGAGCCAAAGAAGAAAAAGAAGAAGAAGCAGAAGCCAUAGGCAGAAGCUAUCAUGAUAGCUUGUUAGCAUCGUUGUGCUCUGCCGGUUUCAUCUGUAAUUACAUGGAGAAGAAGAGCCGCUCUUAGUUUCUGAGGACUCGCUCUCCUUUCCCCUCAGGCUGGGUGAGAAGAUGUAGCCAAUCAGGUGGGAGAUCUCUGCAGCACCAGAAGCCUUCAGUUUUCAGAUCCUCAUCCUGGAGCUCCUGGCCUUCUGACCCGGAGUCCGUCUGUCCGUCCGUCAGCCAUGUUGUUUUCUCUGAGGGAGCUGGUCCAGUGGCUGGGCUUCGCCACCUUCGAACUCUUCCUCCACCUGCUGGCGCUGCUGCUCUUCAGCAUGCUGGUGGCUCUGCGGGUGGACCUGCUGAGCGACCGGCUCAGCUGGUGGCUGGUGUUUGUGCCGCUGUUCGCCGCCGACGGCCUCAGCACCUACUUCACGGCCAUCGUGUCGAUCCGGCUGUACCAGGAGAACGAGAAGCGGCUGGCGGUGCUGCGGCUGCUCUGGGUGCUGACGGUGCUGAGCCUGAAGCUGGUCUGCGAGGUUCUGCUGUGCCAGAAGCUGGCCGAGCAGGACCGGGCCCGAGACCUGUGGUUCGGCCUCAUCGUGUCGCCGCUCUUCAUCCUGCUGCAGCUGCUGAUGAUCCGGGCCUGUCGGGUCAACUGAGGGCAGAGCGGCGCCGCCAGAGAUUCACCGCGGUGCAGGAGGGCCGGCGGAGGGAGGAAGGAAAGAAAGAGGAGGAGCAAGUUUCAGUGAAAAACAAAAAAUCUGAGAUUAGUCUGAGUUUGAAAAGUCGAAAAUUCCAGAGAAAAAACUCUGAAAUUAUGAGAUUAAUCUGAGAAAUUUUGUACAAAGUGAGUUUUUCUCUGAACUUUCCUGCUCUCUAUUGUUUCUGCUCUGGCUCCACUGCGCCGUGGCAGAGAUUUAUGGAUAAUAUUGAUGUAUUAUUUUUUAGUUUUUGACAUUUUGUGACCUUUCUUGAAGGAGUUCUUCAUGUUUGGGGUCAGAGAAGAAGAAAACGAUCGAUCAGGUUGUUGUUUGUGCUCGAGAACAGAAACUCUGACUCAACUCUGUGCAAAAGUCUUGAGUCAUUCCUCAUUUCUUUACAUUUCUCUUCCAUGCAGCCAAACAUCUGUGUUCAAUACACUGACAUUAAUUUCUUAUCUCAAUUUAUGUCUUAUUGAAAUGUUAAGCAAACUGAUUUUUAAAAAUCUGCAGAUCAGAAAGUCACAUCCUCAAGAAAUAAACAAAAAACUGAUUUUUGUUUCUAGUACAUUUUGUAACUGAAGAUAUGAGAUAAAUCUUCUUACAAGAAAUACAGAUAGAUUCCCUUUUUUUUUUCUUUUAGCAAAUAUCGUAAAGGUUUACAUUUGUUUAAAUAAACUUUUUUUUUUUUUUUUUUUUUACAGAACUAAUUCCAAAACAUUUCAGAUUUAGGAUUUUCUACAUCAGAGGAAGUGAAAUGUGACAAUAAUCUGAAUAAUAACCAGUUUUUGUGCAAAGCACCGACUGUUGAAAUCUGAUCAGGUUUGCGUUAAAAUUUUUUAAAAAAAGAUAGAAAUCUAAAAUAUUAAAAACAUACAUAAUGUAGCAGAAUUAAAACAUAGGAAAUAGAAAAUAACUGAAAUGUGACAAAUUAGAGCAUUUUGAACAGAGUUUGGCUCAUUUUAAAGUUAAAUUUGAAGAAAUCUGAAUAAUUCAAGACUUGUGCACAACACUGUCUCUUUAAAUCUGUAAGGAAUAAGUAAAGUUAAUCAACAGGAACUUUAUUUUGUCCACAGGAAGUCGCCGUUCUGCAGCUAACGGUUCAUAAAUCACCAAACUCUCCGUUUCCUCCACGCUGUGUCGCUCACCCAGCCUGACGUUUCUCUGUAAAUGUUAUGCAUGUAUUUAUGGGAACCUUUAAUUUAAAACUUGAUGUAAAAUUCUGUGUAUAUAUAUGUUGAAUUUUUAAGGAAAAAUCCACGUUUAUAUUUAUGUUCCUCUGGUUUUUGCUGCAGUACACAUUGGUUAUUUGUAUAGAAUCUGUAAAUAAAACAAACAUUUAAAAAGAA